UGCGAAAGAACGGAUUACAUAAAGUUGAUAGUUUACGCAAGUCGGCCUCAACUGGGCAGAUACAACCGCACUACCACCUCAGUCGUACGCGAAACGCACGCGCUUUAUUAUUUUAACUGCAACUUACGAACAAAAAAUAUUUUCUUCUUUUAUCGCUUACAAAUUCAAAGCCCUUUACUAUAUAUUUUUUAAUACACUUUGUAAUAGUCAACGCGAAGUUACGGGAUCAAACUUAUUCUAUUUGUUAUAUUGAUAAGUGAUAAAAGAUUUAUCAUCGAUAAGGAUUCCUCUCAAUCCUCUCGCGAAUGUUUACGAAUUGUGAAACGUUUAUCUAGCAAUCGUGAACUGAGUCAUUAUGGUUUUAUAGAAGUGUAGUGGACUAGCAAAACUGUGACAAUGGUGAAAUGUUCCAGGAAAAGUAUCAAGCUCUGCGACUUGUGGGUGCUUUCGAAUGAGAAGUUGAGUGAUUUUUAUUUAUCGUCAUGGCAAAAAGGAGAGUCGCCAGUACCAAUGCUAGUGAUAAGGUUGCUGCUGGCGGCGGCUGCCACGGCAAUCCUCACGUGGUCUCUGUACUGCGGGGCUAGCCCCUACUGGUUGAUAUUCCUCACUAAUUGGGGUGUGCUUAUGGUGUUCUUGAUGACAUUUAGUGGAUUAAAUGUAUCCCUGUUUGCUAUAUGUAGGAAGCUUCCGGAUAUUGCUGAUGGGAACCUACCGUGGUAUAUCAGUUUAUAUUGGCUCAUGUACAACAUUGCAGUUACAAUAUCUUUCAUGAUAACUGGCCUAUAUUGGGUUCUUUUAUACAAUCCAGAGCAGGAUGAAGAAAAUGGCCACGGGUUUUGGUUGGAUCUGACUACACACGGCUUUAACUCGUGUAUAGUGUUCUGCGAGUUCAUAUUGUCCCGAACACCCUUACGCUUUGUACACAUUUACCAGCCCAUGGCUAUCGGUCUGUGGUACGCCAUUUUCUCCGGCAUCUAUUAUGCCGCAGGUGGCACGGACAGCUUCGGUAACCCCUUCAUUUAUGAAAUAUUGGAUUGGCGACAACCAACUCGGUCGCUGGCACUGGUCGCCGCUUCAGUGGCAGCUUUGAUCAUCUUGUUCACGUUGCUUUGGGGCAUGACCCUCUGCAGGGAUAAGAUCUCCGUAGCCGUCAUCAGAACAACUAGCUUGGAUCUCCCUUUUACACCUCCUGAUCGUCUAACACAGGCUGUUUAAAUACUAUAUGUUAUAGAAAGGUAAUAAUGUAUUUAUUUACAACAUCAGCAUAUUUUGCAAAUGAUCAGGGUCUUUGUGGUUGCAACGACAUUUUUAUGACGUGUAAACCAGUUGAAGCAGCCCGCAAACAUGGCAAUUGUUAUCUUUAGAACUUCAAUGACUGUAUUUACGCAUGUGUUCAAAUAUGGCUCAACUAUGUUAUUGAUAGCUGAAUAGAUACUGUUUAUCACAGAUUAUACAGAUUUUAUUAUCUAUGGAUGAUUCACAAGUCAUUGUAUCAAAAAAUAGAAUACUUUGAGAUACAAUAUGAAUGCAUACUAAGAAUAAAGUUGCAUAUAAGAUAAAGUAGUUUAAAAUAUAUAUUUAUGGGAUAGAGUUUUAAAACAAGUUUCCCAUUACAUUAUUACCUAAUUGUGACAUGGAUCAGCCUCUUAUUGAGUAGGUAGGUAUAUAGAUAAAUAGGUUUUAAAACUCGAUAAACCAUUUGUAAAUAAACCUACUUUUUAAUAAAAUAAUUCUCGGGAAAUUUAUAAAAGAGGCUAAACAUAGUAUCAAAAUGAGCUCAAAUAUCAAAUGUGUAUGAUUUUAGAAUUUUUGACCUUCAUUCAAUUUCGUUUUAGAAAGAAAUUGCAUUUAUAAUGUAAGGCUUUAUUAUCUUAAACAUUAUGUAUAUAUAUUCAUAUACAUAAUAGUUUUUACGAAACCAAAUAUAGUAGAUAAAUACAUUAAUUUUCGGUUUACACUAGCAUUUUAAUUUAUUACGCUAUACUUUUAAACAUACAAUACGUUUUAUGUCUUCAUAAAUACAAGACAUCGAUACUAAAUGUUAUGAAUGCCACGAUCAAAAAAUGAAAAAUAUGUACAGUACCUACUGAUGCAAGCGCAAUAAUUUAGCGCAUCUAACAAAGAUUAGAUGCGUUUAAUGCAUGUUCAAAGCCAAUUUGUCAGCAUUUAGUCACAAAGUUAUGAUAUUUUUUUGUUUACGUACCUCUAUUUGUGGUGUCUGCAAAUAGCUAGAGAGCUGAUAGCAGUUUAAAAAUGUGAAUAAUGUGUACUAAAAAUAAUAUUAAAAUCCGAAAAAUACGCAAAGUACGUAAUCUUUCCCAGAAAUAAAAUUCAGAAAGCAGCUCUGUUCUUUUUUUUUGGGUUGUUAUAUAUGAGAACUAAAUAGAGCCCUCCGAAAAUGAUUAUUAAUCUAUGCAAAGAUUUGCAUUUUUGCUGUAACCAGCUCUCAAACCAUCUGUAUUAUAGUUAUUUUUUAUGGAAAAUGUAAAUAACGUAGAUGUAUUAAAGAU